AUGGCAUCACUUAAAGAAUGGUUUAAUGCAGCUGUUAGCGGGGAAGAAUUUAAUGAAAUCCGAUACAAUGACCUAAAAGAGUUCGUUUUUAUAGAUCGUGGUGCUUUUGGAGAAAAACAAGACGUCUUUGAUGCUUUUAUUAAAGAGCUAAAAUUACAUAUAAAACUUGGUGAUAACAACAGGAUAAUCAAUUUUCUUGGCAUUAGCAAAGACCCAAAUGAUGAAAGUUACUUAAUUGUGAUGGAAUAUGCUGAUAGUGGCAGUUUGCAACAAUUUCUAAUUAAAGAAAGAGACAAUUUACAGUGGGCUGAGAAGCUCUCGCUUGGCCGACACACGAUACGCUUAGAGCCGUUAUAUAAUCCACAAUCACAAUUACCAGAAAACAGUAGAAGUUUAAACGCUCUUCUUUCAUCUAUAAGGUGUAAUCCGACAUUAAUUUUUGAUGAAAAUCUUGCUGUCCCUUUAAAGUCGAACAACGAAACGCCCCCUGACUAUGGUACAUGCAAAUAUGGACACAAGUUCACUGAUGUUGAAUGGUGCAAUGAAUGUGAAUCUGAAAACUUUCGUGAAAGCUUCGACAAGUGGACAAGUGGUAAUCAACAGCUUGAUGAAUUAAUAAAAGAAUCACAACUUAAAGCGAUAAACGUGUCUAAUUAUAUUAGAUGGAUAAAAUACCAUCAAUUUGAAGAUUUUAAAAUAAUUAAGGAAGAGUUUUUCGCGGUUAUUUCAGCAAUAUGGCGUGUUGGACCAUGUGAAGAAUGGUGUCUAAAAGCUUAUGAUUCAGAUAUUUCUACAUUGAUGAAAGAAGUUAAAUUGCAUUUAUAUUGCGAUAAAGCUAUUCGGUGCUAUGGGGUCACAUUUAAUCCAACUCAUAAUUAUGGGUUAGUUUUAAAGAAUGCAAGUUAUGGUGACUUACGUUCUUUUAUUAAUCAAAGGGCUCUUAUCGGAUGGUGGCAAAAAUUAAAAAUAUUAGAAGGGAUUAUUCUGGGCCUGAAUCAAAUUCAUUUGAAAGCUGGCUAUAUUCACCGAGAUUUACAUUCUGGAAACAUCCUGAUCGACCAGGAUGAAUUGAGUGUAUCAGUAUUAAGUGCGUAUAUUUCGGAUUUUGAAUUAUCUAUUCCUAUUGUACCCGCUCAUCACGAGGGCCUUGCAGCUCUCAAUGGUGCCAAUAUUUACAGCGAUGUUGUUGACAAAAGCAACUACAAAGUAUUCCAUUUGUCAAGGGAACUGCGAUUUCAAGUCGCAAGACAUCAACG